UGGUGAUCUCGCCACCUGUUCCAUCCGUGUGUGUCCUCUCGCUCAUUCCCGCAACUAAGUGCCCGUCACGUGUUCUGUUUAUCCUCCUUUCACCACCAUGCCCGGCGCCCACACUGCCGCCCUGCUCCUUGCUAACGCCUCUUCUCGCCCCCGUCAGCUGCUCAUCACCUGACCAGCGUGUCGUUGGGAGGUCGUGCUGCACGUCCGACGCAGCAUUACGACUUUGUGAGGGUGUGAGGGGCGUGUGUGUGUGUGUGCGUGUGUGUGUGUUUGUGUUUGUGUUUGUGUGUGUGUGUGCUGCCUGCCGCGUGUGUCGCCACCAUGAGCGUCGCGCUCCCGAUGAACGUUUCGGACGAUGUCAUGGUGGAGGCGAGGAACAUGACGGAUUGGAGCCCUCUCAACGUGCCGUACUUCAUCAGUGAAGUGCUGGUGGCAGUGGUGGCAGUGAUCGGAAACGCACUCACCAUCACAGUGUUUGUGGUGGAGCGAAAGCUUCGCCGCCGCACCAAUUACUACAUCGUGUCCCUGGCGCUGGCGGACCUACUGGUGGGUGUGUUUGGGAUUCCCUUCGCCAUCCUCACCUCCGUUGGACUACCGCGGCCUCUGUGGGCGUGCCUCUUCAUGCUGUCCACGCUGCUCAUCCUGUGCACAGUGUCCAUCUUCUGCCUGCUGGCCGUCAGCGUGGACCGCUACUGGGCCAUCCUGCAUCCUCUGCGCUACUCCAGGGUCAUGACCGCCAGGAUCGCCCGCCGUGAGUACAGCCUCCCCUCCCUCCCACGUCCUUGGCGCCGAGCCGGCCAUGUGGCAGCGGCGCGGAUGUCUUGCUUUCCCUGUGUGUUAGUUUAUUUCACCGGCAGAAUGAUAACUUCCCCGCAAAGUAAAGAUUAGAUCCCUGGCGCUUCUUUUGGUUUCUCGGCAAA